UUAAUCUGUUAUAACAAAUUCGCUGAAUUCGUUAUUUCAAAUUUUGAAAUCUGUUUUAACAAAUUAAAUUUGAAAUAACGAAUUCUUGAAUUCGUUAUUUCAAAGAUUGAAUUCGUAUUUUCGGUUUUUUAAAAUCUGUUAUAACGUAUUUUCAUCCAAUUCGUGAUAACAAAUUCCAUAAAUUGUGGGAACAAAUUAAACAGUGUCAAAAUGUCAAUGUUAUUAAUCCGUUCUCACGAAGUGUAAUCUGUGAUAACAAAUAAAUAAAUUUGAUAUAACGAAUUAUAAAAUUGUUAUUUCAAUUUGCAAACCGAUAUAACGAAUUUAUUUAUUUAUGCGAUAGCCAUAUUAUAAGCGAGGCUGUCAUCGAGGAAGCCAUUACACAAAAAGAUGGACGAAUCACUAGAAAACUUCCUAGAAGAACGAGGUAUCCCGGCUGAAAAAAUUGAAGCUAUGAAGGAUCAAAAGAUUGAUAAAGAUGUAAUAACAGAAAUGAGCAACGAAGAUCUAUCGAAAUACAUCGUCAAAUUUGGAGACAGAUGUGCAGUUCGCCGGUUUUGUACAAAAGCCACAUCAACAACUCCCAAGGCGGGAAAUUUAAAAAAAACAUCUCUGCUACAGAAGUUAAAGAAAAAACUGCACGCGCGAUCUUCAAAAGAUGAAUCACAAAGCACAGAGAGUGAGGACGAAAAUGUUAAGGAUAAAAGACGUAAAACAUUAAAAGGGAACAGCAAUGCCGUUAAAGACGGAAGAACGAUAAAAAUGGGGUGGAAACAUUUUGAAAACUCUGACUAUAUUCAAGUCAGAUCCGACAAAGGGGGAGGGACGGAUGACAUUUUUGUGCCAAAAAGUUUCACAAAAGCAGAUCUAUUAGAGAGAGCAAAGUCUAUGUUUUUCCAGGAAGGAUUAUCAUCAAAGGGUCGAGAAGAAGAGCUAGAAUUUGACAUGGCGGACUUCAGAUCUCAACCUUUAGAUGACAAUUUAACUAUCGGAGAAUUGUUUAAAAAAACUAACAGGAAAAAUCUCAGGUAUUAUUUGUUUACAAAACCAAAAAAUGAGAAUCAGUCCAAAAAACUAAAGAGAAAUAAAAAAAGGAAAAGUCAGAAACACUUGAAACCAAUUCCUCUCCCACAAGACUCGGAUUCAGAAGAUGACAGCAGUAUUCAGAGAGAAGCAGCAAUGGCCGUCAAAUCUGAGAAAGCUUGCUCUUCGCGUCCAAGCAGCAGUUUGAAUGUGCAUUUUGUAUCAGAUCCUGAUAUACCUGGCCCUUCAGGUGAACAAACCAUCAAGGCAUCUAACAUGACAUCCAACAAGUCUGAAAUUCCAGGACCUUCAGGUCUUUGCACAUCUGCAAACCCUCAUCUACUAUCACAGGAAGAUAUACCUGGUACAUCUGGAUUCCACACUUCAGAGUAUGUGACCUUUCAUGAAUCAGAUAGUGACACACUUCCUGAUCUGCAUGAUUAUUUUGGAACUGUCAGGUCAAUGCAAGUUACAAUGCCUGACGGAACGCAAGAAGAGGUUAUCUACAGUAUUGACCCCAAUGACAGUGGUAUUGUUCAGUUAAACCUCAAUAAUCAAGAGAUUGUGUCGGAUGAGGUCCUUAUAAGAGUCCAUAGGGGACAUGCCUUAAAAGAGCUGCUAGAGGCAUUUUCCAACACAGCAGAAUUAAAAUCCAGAUGAUCCUUCCAAAUGGCUCGGUUGAACAAGCGCAGGAUGAAGGUGGUGUAACAAGGGACUGCUUGACUGAAUUCUGGGAAGAAUUUUACGCAACGUGCACAGUUGGUAAGGACUGCAAGGUUCCCUAUUUACGGCAUGACUUUGGUCAUCAGCAAUGGGAAGCUGUUGGGAAGAUUAUAAAAUAUGGAUUUGAAGAAUUUGGACAUUUCCCCGUCUACAUAGCUCGUCCAUUUAUGGAAUACUGCAUCGUAGGAGAAGCAAAAGCAGACUUGAAGGAUACGUUUCUAUCUUAUGUCAGUCCAUCUGAAGCUUCCGUUCUGAAACAAGCUUUGGCAGAGUUUGACAAAGUGGAUCUUGAUGAGCUCAAUGAAAUAAUGCAGUCAUAUGACUGUAGGAGAUUGCUUACGUCUGACAACAUUGAAACAAUCGUGAAGGAAAUUUCCCACAAGGAAAUAGUGCAAAAAUCUAUGUUCGUAAUAGAUUCAUUCAAGCUUCAUUUGCAUGGUCUUAUGCCAGAAGCAGCGCUUUGUGAAUGUUAUAAAAACCUAGUACCGAACAAUCGACGAGUCAUAGAAAAACUGUCUUUCCCAGAAAUCCUGCUAGAAAAAGGAGCAGAAAUUAAGAGAUAUCUUCAAAGAUUCAUACGAGAGCUGGACAAAGAGGCUUUGGGAAAAUUCUUGAGAUUCUCCACAGGAUCAGAUUUGAUGUUGAAAGAAAUAAGGGUCCGGUUUUCAAGCCUUGAUGGUUUUGCUAGAAGGGUAAUAGCACACACAUGCGGUUGCGUAUUAGAGAUACCUAUCUCCUAUGAUAAUUAUGUGGAAUUUCGGGCAGAAUUUAUGUCCGUUUUAAAAUCGGAUGUUUGGGUUAUGGACAUGGAGUAAUAUUCGGAGGUAAAAGAAGGUAAAAGAAGAAAACAAAAGGAUGCAUGUGUUAAUAUCGAAUUUGUUAACUUUCGUAAACUACAGACAGUAGUUAAAAAUUCCAAAAAGUAAAAAAUUAAAAAUAUACUUUUUAAUGUAUAUUUUUUUUUAAGAAAAUGUUUGUUUUUAUUCACAUAAACCACUAAAUUUGUGUUCACAGUUUAUUUGUUAAGUAUUUUGACUACACAAACGUGUGAUUGUUAUG